UAACUCUACACCCACACCUCCCAACACACUCUGAAGAGAGACAGGCUCACUAACCCCACCUCCACACACAGGCACCUACACUCUCUCCCACACUCCCUGCCACCCACAUGCAUGGCUGCACCGAUGUAUCUGUGAGUUCACCCUCCCCUCUGCUGGAAUGCCACAUCUUCCAGCUUGCUUACACACACUUGCCUGCCCCUGACCUACCUGACUGAGGAUUUAACCCAAUCACUGCCAGCGCUCAGAGCAGGAGAGGAGGCGAGGCGAGGCUUCUAGUUGAUGUGCGAGACGUUGCCGAUACUCGGGAAGGACAGCGUGGACUCUCCAGCUCACAGAAGAGCAUCAUUGAAGGACUGUUGCUGAAGCAGACCAGCUCGUUCCAGAGGUGGAAGAAGAGGUACUUUAAACUGAGAGGGAGGACGCUGUACUGGGCCAAGGAUGCAAAGUCCCUGAUAUUCGACGAGGUGUAUCUGUCCAAUGCGAGUGUAGCUGAGACCAGCACGAAAAACAUCAACAACAGUUUCACUGUGAUAACCCCGUUCAGGAAACUAAUCCUGUGUGCGGAGAAUAGAAAUGAGAUGGAAACUUGGAUAACUGCGCUGAAAUCUGUCCAGAAAAUAGAGAACUGUGAGACGAGCCAGCUGAACAUGGAGCAUUUCUCGGGGAUGCACAACUGGUACGCCACGUCGCACGCCCGUCCCACCUUCUGUAACGUCUGCCGCGAGGCUCUGCCAGGGAUGACCUCCCACGGCCUCUCCUGUGAAGUUUGCAAAUUUAAAGCUCACAAGCGAUGUGCUGUCCGGGCUGUCAACAACUGUAAGUGGACCACACUGGCGUCUGUGGGAAGUGACAUUAUUGAGGAUGAAGAAGGGGUGGUCAUGCCUCACCAGUGGCUGGAGGGGAACCUGCCAGUCAGUGCUAAAUGUGGGCUUUGUGACAAAGCAUGUGGCAGUGUGCGGAGGCUGCAGGACUGGAGGUGCCUCUGGUGCAAAGCCAUUGUCCACAACGUGUGUAAAGACACCCUUGACAGGAAGUGCCCACUGGGGCAGUGCCAGCUCUCCAUCAUCCCUCCAAUCGCCCUGAACAGCGUGGACUCAGACGGGUUCUGGAAGGCCACCAACACAGCGUCCUGCACCAGCCCUCUCCUUGUACUGGUCAACUCCAAGAGCGGUGACAACCAGGGGGUGAAGUUCCUCAGGAAGUUCAAGCAGUUGCUGAACCCAGCCCAGGUGUUUGACCUGAUGAUUGGCGGACCACACCUUGGCCUCCGGCUCUUCCAGAAGUUUGCCACGUUCCGUAUUCUGGUGUGCGGGGGAGACGGCAGCGUGGGGUGGGUCUUGUCGGAGACGGACAAGCUCAGUCUGCACAAACAGUGCAAGCUGGGGGUGCUGCCACUGGGCACAGGCAAUGACCUGGCGCGGGUGCUGGGCUGGGGCGGCCUGUGUGAUGAUGACCUCCAGUUGCUGCAGGUGGUGGCCAAGCUGGAGAGAGCGGCCACCAAGAUGCUGGACAGGUGGAGCGUGCUGACAUACGAGGCAGCAACCAAGCAUCCUUUUCCCAUGGUGACCGAGGAUGAGAGCCACAACUCCCAGGUUCCCAUAUCUCAGUACGCCAACUUGGUUGUCUAUCACUUAACGAAUGUCCUCAAAUCUGACCAGCACGCUGACGUCAUCUCCUCGGCCAGGUUCCUCUGUCAAACAGUCAGCAACUUCACGGCUGAGGUUGGCAAAGCCUACAAACAGGUUGAAGAGAAUAAGGAAGAGGCAGACUCAAUGACAAACAAGUGUGAAAUGUUGACCCGGAAACUGGACUCGUUGGUCAAGGCUCUGAGUGACGAAUCUCAGGCACGGAUUAUCCCCGUGGGAACCUCUCCUCCAUGCUCGGCCGGCCAGGGUGAGAGCAAAGCUGCUGAAACCGGAGGCAAACAAGACAGCAGGUCAGAUGCAAACUCUGCUCCCAAAGGUUUCAAGUCGAAGGAAGAGCUCAUGUUGCGAGCCAACAGUUUGAAGAAAGCUCUGAGGCAGAUCAUCAAGCAAGCAGAGAAAGUGGUUGAUGAACAGAACAAGCAGAGCCAAGUGACGCACGGCUGCUGCCCGCCCAACGCCAACCCACCCGUCUUCAAGAGCGAGAGCACAGAGGAGCAUGGACAAGGACACAAGAACACGGAGACACUAGUGCGGAGCAGUACAGUGUCCUCCAUGGCCUCCACCAUCACUGUAUCCUCCACAGUGUCCACCAUCACGCUGGAUCCAUCGGAUGGAACCAGUUCCACUGAGGACCUCAGCUCAGCAUCAUUCUCUGAGAAAUGUGUCAUGAACAAUUACUUUGGCAUCGGAUUGGAUGCCAAGAUAUCGCUGGAGUUCAACAACAAGAGGGACGAGCACCCAAAAAAAUGCAGAAGUCGAACCAAGAACAUGAUGUUGUACGGAGUCCUCGGCACCAAAGAACUUCUCCAGAGAACGUACAAGAACUUAGAGCAGCGAGUCCAUUUGGAGUGUGACGGAGUCUCCAUCUCACUCCCCAGUCUACAGGGAUUGGCUGUACUCAACAUCCCGAGCUACGCUGGUGGAAUCAACUUCUGGGGAGGAACAAAGGAGAAUGAUAGUUACGGAGCUCCAUCCUUCGAUGACAAGAAGCUGGAGGUCGUGGCAGUGUUUGGCAGCAUCCAGAUGGCAGUCUCCAGAGUGAUCAACCUGCAGUAUCACCGGAUAGCACAGUGCCGCAUGGUUAAGAUCACCAUCAGUGGAGACGAAGGUGUCCCAGUGCAGGUGGACGGAGAAGCCUGGAUCCAGCCACCAGGAAUGAUCAAGAUACAGCACAAGAACAGGGCCCAAAUGCUGACCCGGGACAGGGCUUUCGAAAGCACCUUAAAGUCCUGGGAGGUGAAGUGCAAAGGGGACUCACUGAGGCAGCUGGCUCGGCCCCGACUGAACUCCCAGCAAUCCAUGGAGUUCCUCACAGAGGAGGAGGUGACAGACAUGCAGCAGUUUGCCCAGAUGGCAGAGACCUUGAUCAACAGAGUGCACCAUGCGGCAGAGAGACAUGCGCUCGUUGAACAGGAGCUGGCUCACGCAGUCAAUGCCUGCUCACACCUGCUGAGUGAGGUCCUGUCCAAGCAAAACACAACUGAGGCUAUCAGCAGGAGUGUGGUCGUGGAUAUCUUCAUCAGUGUUAAAGCCCUUUGCACGGAGACGAAGGCACUGCUCGAUGGCAAGCUGCUGGAGUUGGGAGCUCCCUAUGAGGAGGAGUUGCUGGCCGCACUCAACGCUGUCGAGACUGAACUACAGAAGUUCUCAGAGCUCCACUGGCUUUGCCAAGCCACUCAAACUACAGACGAGGAGGAACACUCCAAAGGAAGGACCAAGAGCAGCAUGAAGAUCAAACUAAAGAAUAUCUCAAGAAAAGAGAAACUCCAGAAGCAGAAGUCGAACACUUCCCUGACGGGAUCUGGAGAUAGCCAAGGUGGACCACACGAGGCAUAUUCUGCGUUGUAUUAGGGAUAUCAGUCGCCCGCCCCGGCCCGUGGUAGCCAGGCGAGAGGAGAAGAGGUGUGGGCCUGGGGCAAGGCCAGGCACACCGAGACUGUAACACAGAAUGAAUGUAACUCCUGCCCUUGCAUCUCCCUGGUGCUCCUGCGCUUCACGGCCAGGCGCAUCUCGCAACCUCCACCGCCUCCACGCAUGAUCCUGGGCCUGUAUGUGGACAGAGCGGGCGCCGCGACUGGAGGAGUCCCGCCGUCUUGCAGCGAACUGCCCCGGUGACACCCACUUAAUGAACGAACCCAUCAGCCGGCCGGUGACCCUGACCCCGGCAGCAACCAGGCCCCUCCAAGCAGCACCGUCCUGCCCCCCCCCCCCCCCCCCCCCCCCCCCCCCCCAUCACCCGUCCCCUGCUGGGCAGCGCUGGGGAGCAUUCAGUAAACACGGAUCUCAAGUCAGCACAUUACAGACUGCAGCCCCCGUGUCUACAGAGCGGGGCGAGCCACAGAUGCUGCCUGACCUGCUGAGUUACUCCAGCACUGUGUGAAACAUCACCUAUGCAUGUUCUCCACAGAUGCUGCCUGACCCGCUGAGUUACUCCAGCACUCUGUCUAUCGUUGGUGUAAACCAGCGUCUGCAGUUCUUUGUUUCUCACCUCCCGGGGUUGGCUGGGCUGCCAGGUCACUGAUCCGCUAUAACCGCGGCUACAUAACAUUUCACUGGUGGGUCGCUGCUGCUAAGGGGGGUUGGGCUCCUCGGGUAGGGACGG